UCUAAUUUGAUUAAAAAGACAAGAAAAAAAGAAAAGAACAGAACACAUGUUACACUCUCUUCACAAGUUUUCUCUGUUCAUGGCAUCGAAACCUCAACGCCUCCAUCAAGUUGCCGAGAACAACUUUCAGGGCUCAGCAAAGAGGGUAAGAACCAUGGCCACAUCCACAGCCAUUGAACCAGCUAUGAAGGACGCUUUUACCGGAUAUGCUGAAUAUCUCAAUGACCUUAAUGACAAACGGGAAAGAGUGGUCAAAGCAAGUCGAGAUAUAACAAUGAAUAGCAAAAAAGUCAUAUUUCAAGUGCACAGGAUGAGUAAAUUCAAUAAAGUGGAAGUACUUGAGAAAGCUGAAAAGGACUUAGCAGCUGUGACAGAUCAGUAUGUGUCACGACUAGUCAAAGAAUUGCAGGGAACUGAUUUUUGGAAGCUAAGGCGUGCAUACUCACCAGGGAUACAGGAGUAUGUCGAAGCAGCUACGUUCUGUUGUUUCUGCAAAAAUGGAACACUUUUGGAGCUUGAUGAAAUAAACAAAACAUUGCUACCACUUAAUGAUCCAUCUCUACAUCCUCUGCAGAUAAAUGUCCUUGAUUAUCUAUUAGGGCUUGCAGAUUUGACUGGAGAGCUGAUGCGUUUAGCAAUAGGUAGGAUAUCAGAUGGUGAACUUGAAUUUGCUGAGAAGAUAUGCAAAUUUGUGCGUGAUAUAUACAGGGAGCUUACUCUAGUAGCGCCACUUAUGGAUGACAAUUCUGACAUGAAAACAAAAAUGGAUGUAAUGCUCCAAAGUGUCAUGAAAAUAGAGAAUGCUUGCUUUAGUGUUCAUGUGAGAGGGUCUGAGUAUAUUCCACUUCUGGGAACCGACGAUCCAAGUUCUUUCCUGGUGGGAGUUCCAGAUAUUGAACUAUGAGCUAUCCAUUGGACGCUUUGUGAGAUCUGUCAAUGAGAGAUAGUCUGCUAGAAGGUUUUGGAGGUUGAUAUCAUUGCAUGGACCAAUCUCAACAAUAUUGUGUUUUUCCCAUGACCAUCGAAGAGGAUGUUUAAGCUGUUCUUGUAAAGGUUGAUCAUUAUCACAUAAUGUUGUUGAACUUGUUCUAAAUAGUAUGAGAUUAAAGAAAACUGGUAAGUUUGAAUGAACUAUGCUAUCAUUCGAGCAUUUCAGCUUUA